AUAAGCAGUUUCUGAAGACUGAAGUACCUGCCCAGGGAACACCUGCUUGUGAGGUGCAGAGGUGCUCAGGCAUGGCUGAGCUGGACCACAACCUGAGCCUGGCCGACGCUCUCACCGAGCCGCCCCACGACAUCGAGGAGGAGGUGAAGAGGGACUUCAUAGCCACCCUGGAGGCUGAGAAAUUCGAUGAUGUGGUUGGAGAGACAGUAGAUAAAACAGAUUAUGUGCCACUGCUGGAUGAUGAGGACGAGGCCAAGCCUGGCAGCCAGGAGCCCAAAAGCAAAGGGCACGUGGACGGGAUUCCUGCGGAACACUGCUCAGCCUCUGGGCCCAUGGUGGUGGAGAAUGGUGACCACGGGCUGCAGGAUCCCCGCUCAGUAUUCCCAGGAGAACUCAUGGAUGAGAAGAUGUCCUACAAGGAGUUCCUGGACCGGAACGACUCGUGGCCAGCAGAGGAGAGGGAGCUGUGCUUCAAAGCCCUGGACAUGGCUGACCCCUUCAGCAUCCACAGAGGGGAGAACCUGCCAGAUUUCCCCUUCCCCACAGACAUGAAGAACGUGCCCCUGUUCCCAGGCCAUGCUGAGGCUGCCAGGGACAUCCUUGCUCCACAUGGAUCCAUGAUGGGACCUGAACAACCUUUCCUGGGGUCCCUCUAUUCCCCUGCAGAGGCUCUGGACCCAUCAGCCUUCAUGGGCCUCGAGUCAGGCACAGAAUUCCUGCCAGGAAAAGCAGCACCUGAAGAAUACUGGAUGGGAGCUCAGCAGGACGUGAAGGGACCAGAUACCUCUUUCUUUGUUGAGCCACCAGUGCCCCCUGCAGCCACAGAAGCCAUCAGGACCAGCCUGCCUGAGAGCCCCACGGCAGCUGCAGCCCCUGGGGAGGCUCCUGCUGCAGCCUCAGCACUGCCAGGGGAGGCUGCAGCCCCUCAGGGCUCCACAGCAGGUGCAGCCUCCGUUCCCGCCGUGUCCCUUCCCUCAGAGAAGGCUGGGGCUGGAGACUCCAACCCCCCCCCAGCUCCCUGCAGCCCUUUCCAGGCCAUGGAAACCCAGGAUCUGGGGUUCUCUCCUGCUCCUGAAGCCAGCCCUCCCAAAGGUGUCAGUGAUGUGCCCACCCCGGGGACAGAGCUCGGCUUCACCCCAGCAGCAGAUGCUGGAUCCCACCAUGGGGUGGGUUUGGGGUUUGCUCCAACACCAGGUGUGGAGUCCCACCAGACCAUGGAUUUGGGAUUUGCCCCAGCAGCAGAUGUGGAAUCCCACCAUGCCAUGGAUUUGGAAUUUGCUCCAGCAGCAGGUGUGGAUUCUCACCAGACCACGAAUUUAGGAUUUGCUCCAACAGCAGAUAUGGAAUCCCACAAGACCAUGGAAUUGGGGUUUGCUCCGUCAGCAGGUGUAGAAUCCCACCAGACCAUGGAACUGGGGUUUGCCCCAGCAGCAGAUAUGGAAUCCCACCAGACCAUGGAUUUGGGGUUUGCCCCAGCAGCAGAUAACAAAGCUCAGCACGUUAUGGACUCUGAGUUUGGCCCAGCAGCAGAAAUCAACCAUCACCAUGCCCUGGAUCCUGGGCUGGCUCCUGCAGCUCCAGCCAAGCCUGGCCCUGCUGUGGCAGAGGAAGCUCAGCCUGUCCCUGCAGCUGUGUCUGGGGAGCUGCUGACAUCUCAGGCUGCCCUUCAGCAAGAGAAGUGUCCUGCAGAAGCAGCAGCAAAGGUGGAAGCGGAAUCCAAAGUGGCAGAAGUUUGUGAGGAUGACUCGGAGAAGAUGAAGGAAAAGGACAGGAAAGGCCCUGCAAGCCCCUGGGAUGAGGAAGCUGCAGGGAGCAGCAGCUCCCAGGCAGAGGCAGCAGCUGAAGCAAGAGGAGCACUAGAAAAUAAAGACCUUCCAGAAAAAUCUGCUCCUGCUGAGGAUGGUGAGACACAAAAGGAAGAGGCUGAGCACAACCACAUCCAACAUGCAGAGCCUCAGGAAGGGAAAACCCUGCAGGAGCCCACAGGCAAAGCAGAGGAGCCCAAAGCAGCUGAGGCAGUGAGUGGCAACGACAUCACAGCUCCUCCCACCAAGGAGCUGCCUCCCAGCCCCGAGAAGAAGAGCAAGGCUGCUGCAUCCAGCUGCACUCCCAAGGCAGCAGUGAAAGCCAAGCCCUCGGCCACCAGCAGCCCCAAGAGGCCGAGCUCGGCCCCCCUGGGCACAAACAAAAAAGCCACGAGCCCAAGUGCAGGUCCUGCUGCAGGCAGCACCUCCAAACGGCCUGGGACCAGCAGCAGCCGCCCCUCCACCCUCACUCCAAAAGAGACUAAGCCAAAGGUCACAGAUGCAAAGCCCACGGAGAAGAGGAGCUCCCUGUCCAAGGCUCCAUCCUCCAGCACUCCCAGAACUCCUGCCAGGAGCUCCUCUGCUGCUCCCAGGACCACGGCGCCGUCGCCGGUGGCGGCAGCGGCUGCUGCCAAAACCACCGUGGCUCCUGCCAAGAGGCCGACGUCCAUCAAGACGGACUCGAAGCCGGCAGAUGCCAAGAAAACCUCAGCAAAGUCUCCCUCAGCCUUUGUCUCCAUCCAGGGGCAGGGAGAGAAAAGGCCCGAGCCGGCCGGCGCCGCGCCCAGCCCCGAGCCCAGCGCGGGCUCUAAGGUGCCUCCCAAAGUGGCAGCAAAAGAGGGGGUCCCCAAACAGCCCAAUGGGAAAGUCCAGAUAGUCUCCAAAAAAGCGAACUACAGCCAUGUUCAGUCCAAGUGUGGUUCCAAGGACAAUAUUAAGCAUGUCCCUGGAGGUGGGAAUGUGCAGAUCCAGAACAAGAAAGUUGACCUUUCCAAAGUGUCCUCCAAGUGUGGAUCUAAAGCAAAUAUCAAGCAUAAGCCAGGGGGAGGAGAUGUCAAAAUCGAGAACCAGAAGCUGAACUUCAAGGAGAAGGCCCAGGCCAAGGUGGGGUCUCUGGACAACGUGGGCCACUCGCCGGCUGGAGGGGCUGUCAAGGCGGAGGAGCCGGCGCCGCUGCCGCCGCAGAACGGAGCAGAACCGGUGCCGGUGCCGGGGGCGCCGCCCGCGGGCCCCGCGCUGCGGGAGAACGGCGUGGGGCCGGGCCUGGCCGGACAAAGGGAACUGCAGAGCCUCGACACUCACAUCCAAGAAACAAGUAAGUGCCGGGACCCCGCCCCGAGCCGGGGGGAGGGAGCCCGGCAGCCCCCGACCGCUGCUGGCGCCGUCCGCAGGAUUGAGUCUCACAAGCUGACGUUCCGUGCGAAGGCCAAGGCUCGGACAGACCACGGAGCUGAACUCGUGUCUCCAAUCCCCGCACCCUUUCCAGCAGCACCUGCCCCCGCCGUAGCACCUCGGCCAGCGACAGCCCGGCCUCGGCCGCCUCCCGCCACCGCCCAGCAAGGCUUGUGCCCCCCGCGCCCCCGGGGACCCCAGCUUGGCUCUCUUAACCCGCCCUGGUCUGUGGAAGGGGCCGCGGUUCCCCCGCUGCCGGGCAGGGCUGCCCGCGCCCCGACGUCCCCCGAGUGUCCCCGCGUGUCCCCGGAGCCGCCACGCUCGGAGGAGGAGCCGGGACCGCGCCGCUCCCGAGCCCCGCUCGGGAUCCCGGAUUAUUGUGCAGGGGUGCCCGAGGCGGGGGGACUCGGGGAGCUCAGUGCUCGCUGCCACAGCAGCUCCGGGGAACCCAUCGCUGGCUUCUGCCUUUGUGUCUCCCCUCCCCGGGGGCUGGACGAGCGUCGUCUCCUUAGCAACAUUUCCUGA